GAAUCGGUCACAUGGUAGGAGCCGGCAUCUAUUACUGGUGGGAACAGUGGCAAAGACCAGGCUGGUCCAGGAAUCAUAAUUUCGUUCCUGAUAGCCGCCUGACGUCUAUGUUGGCAGCACUGUGCUAUGCGGAGUUCGGCACUCGCAUCCCCAAAGCUGGCUCAGCAUAUGUCUACACAUAUGUCAGAGCGGCCUCAGUUGCCAGAGCUUGGAGUGGUUACAUAGACUCUAUGUUGGGGAAUGUGGUAUCUCACACUAUAAUGGACACUGUCGGAGGUCUACAUGAAGGACUACUGGGCCAAUAUCCCGACUUCCUCGCUUUUGCAUUCUGUAUAGCCUACGCCUGUGUGCUGGGGGCUGCCACCUGUUUCUAUGCAUUCGUUGGAUUCGACAGUAUUGCAACUUCAGGAGAAGAAGCUAAAAACCCACAAUUCUCCAUUCCAGUGGCAACUAUACUAUCCCUAUCUCUGGUGUGUCUUGGUUACGUUCUAGUAAGUGGCGUUCUAACCCUGGUGGUACCCUAUUCAGAGAUAGAGCCGACAUCUGCUCUUUCCAGUGCUUUUGGCUCACUUCAUCUGCCCUGGGCCCAGGUGUUCAUAGGAGUAGGAGCUCUAUGCGGCAUGACGACUACCCUGCUGGGUUCCCGUUUCGCACUGCCACGCUGCAUGUAG